UUUGCCGCGUAGCCAGUCUUUUUUGCGCCAUGGCCAGUCUCGUACCCUCAAAUCCCCUCCCCCUGAUUUUCAGAAUUUCCGAAUUUAAUGCGCAGCGGCUCGGCGGCGACUGAGAGGAUUCGAUUCGGCAUCGGCGCCGGCGCCGGCGGGGCGAUGGGGGCCAGAGGGAUCGAUGAUUUCCCUGUGGAUCCAAUACGCAUCUGUAUUCUGUGGUGGCCGCGCGAGCUCAUCCAUGGUCCUUGACUCCCCCCGGCGGUGCGCCGUGUCUUUUUUCGUCGUGUGUGCAGGUUGCUGAUCUUCCAGGAGGCGCCGCGCGGGAGCACGGUUGGGAGCAGGGGAGGAGAUGUGCCGCGGGAUUCAUCUGUGGCUCCGCACAACAACUGCGUGGAUUACGACGGCGAUGGGAGCAUGGAGAAUGGCCCAGCGGAGUCGGGGGAGUCGGCCGUCAAGCCGGCUCCACGGUCGCCGGACUGGAUGAAGAGGUUGCUGAUCUUCCAGGAGGCGCCGCGCGGGAGCGCGGUUGGGAGCAGGGGAGGAGAUGUGCUGCGGGAUUCAUCUGUGGCUCCGCACAACAACUGCGUGGAGUACGACGGCGAUGGGAGCAUGGAGAAUGGCCCAGCGGAGUCGGGGGAGUCGGCCAUCAAGCCGGCUCCACGGUCGCCGGACUGGAUGAAGAGGUUGCUGAUCUUCCAGGAGGCGCCGCGCGGGAGCGCGGUUGGGAGCAGGGGAGGAGAUGUGCUGCGGGAUUCAUCCGUGGCUCCGCACAACAACUGCGUGGAGUACGACGGCGAUGGGAGCAUGGAGAAUGGCCCAGCGGAGUCGGGGAAGUCGGCCGUCAAGCCGGCUCCACGGUCGCCGGACUGGAUGAAGAGGUUGCUGAUCUUCCAGGAGGCGCCGCGCGGGAGCGCGGUUGGGAGCAGGGGAGGAGAUGUGCUGCGGGAUUCAUCUGUGGCUCCACACAACAACUGCGUGGAGUACGACGGCGAUGGGAGCAUGGAGAAUGGCCCAGCGUAGUCGGGGGAGUCUGCCGUCAAGCCGGCUCCACGGUCGCCGGACUGGAUGAAGAGAGUUCGUGCGGGCACUAUUCCUACAUAAAGAACACCCUGCCUGGGAAGGAUGGGGGCCCUCAAAAAAUCUAAAGGGGCUUUGCGGAGCGAGACAGAGAAGAGGUUGUCAAGCCAUAGUUAGGCACCACAUUUGACACGUUGACGGAAGCGUACGACUUCUACAAUCUAUACUCAUGGGAACUUGGUUUCGGUAUAACGUAUGGCAAAAGCCGACUGAACCCAGGCAAGCAGAAGACAAAUGCAAGAGAUAGUGUGUGGUUGCUCGGUAAGGAUGCAGAACUGAAAUGAAUUUAGACAAGAAAUACAGGUGAUAAAGAGCACACUGUCAGAUACAGUCCACCGGUGAUUUAAGUGGCACAUCUUGAAGGCUAAAGAAAGUUUGGGGGUUCUGCACGGGAAUAGAAAAUGAAUUUAGAGAGGAGUUUCAUAAAGUCAUAAACCAUAUGCUCACAGUGGACGAGAUCGAUCGAGGAAGCGUGGUCUCAGCUACUGGAGAAGUACGACCUGAAGGCACACUCGUACAUGACGCAGAUUUUUGAGAUAAGAGAGAAGUGGGCGAAGUCAUAUUUCAAGGGAAUUUUCUGUGUGAAGAUGACAAGUACCUAGAGGAGUGAGAGUGUGAACCAUAUGCUGAAGAACUAUGUGCCCUCCGGCUCUCCAAUGCAUAAGUUUGUUAGGCAGUACAUGCUGUUGCAGUUUGAUCGUCAAUCAGAUGAGAGUUAUGAAGAGAAGAAAACUAAAAUCGUAAGUGCAGCUUCAUUGAGAAAGAAACGGUAGAGACAUGAGAAGUGGAGCUAGGUGGUUUUCCUAGUAAAAAUGACCGGUAAUGGUUCAGAGUUUGGGUGAGAAUGCGGGCUUUUUGAGCACAUAGGUGUCUUGUCAUAUACUUCAGGUGAUGGAUUCCUUGGCAUGACAAAGGUGUCGGAUAAGCACAUUGUGAGAAGGUGGACCAACGAUGGUCGAGACAUACUGCCAGAGCACUUGCAUCACUACCAGUGCGAUCAGCUUGGUGCCACGCCCCUGACAUGUAUGUGCAGGCAUUAGAGUUGAUCCGGUUGGGAGACGCCAGUGUGGAAGCUUAACACUGAUGGGACUCUUCAAUAAAGCUAUGAAGGCGAUGGCUCCUUUCGACCAGGCGAGGAAUGGGCUGGGACAGGAGGAUCGUGUCAGUGGCAAGAAGCAAGGCAAUGUCGAUGAAAAAGAAACCAAGGCUAGCGAGGAUGAGUAUGUCGUGCUGCCGGGGCAUAGCAAUCCUUUGGUUGGCCUGGGAGCGCCGUCGAAGAAGAAAAGUGCAGGGAGGCCGACAAACGCAAGAGGCCAGGCACCUUACGAAGGAAUGAGUAAGAGUAGAUUCUGUUGCAUCUGCAAAAUUCAAGGCCACAAACGAACAACUUGCCCACAGAGAGGAGACGUUCCCAAAGUUCAGAGGAAAGAAGCAAAACUGCAGCAAGUGUGGUGUCACUGGCCAUCAGAAGAACACCAUGCGACAGGCCAGCGGGAAAAGUUGUUCAGGGUGUACUGUUGUACUAGCAAUUAGGACCAAAAGUGGUUGUAGAAUGCACAUGUCGUGCGUGUGAUGUGAACGUUAAUGGACUAUUAUCAUGGUGAUAGGAUAACUAAAUCUGUUACUUCUGUUGUGGUAAAUACAAAUUUUGAAAUGCA